UGUUCAAUUGCUGUCGUUGGCAGCAUCGUGGCGGUUGAGUUUACGCUCCUUUGGCUGUGUUUUUAUUUUGAUUUCCUGAAACACAUCUCCGCACUAAACAUCAGAAAUGCCACAGCCAAAGCCAUACCAGAGGCCCGCGGACUUCAUUGAUCCUGGCAAGCCAUCGCGUUGCAAAUGGCAUCUGGGAACUACGGAGAAGUCGCCUCACACCCAGAGGAGUAUUGCUCACCGCCAGAAGAUCACCCCGAAUAUCCUGGAGGUGAUUGGAAUGACGCCACUGGUCCGUUUAAAUCACAUCCCCGCCAGCGAGGGAAUCGAAUGUGAAAUGUAUGCCAAGUGUGAGUUCUUGAAUCCCGGCGGAUCGGUCAAGGAUCGCAUUGGCUAUCGAAUGGUGCAGGAUGCCGAGGAGCAGGGUCUGCUCAAGCCAGGAUUCACCAUCAUCGAGCCAACUUCCGGGAACACGGGCAUCGGUCUGGCCAUGGCCUGUGCCGUCAAGGGAUACAAGUGCAUAAUUGUGAUGCCGGAGAAGAUGUCCAACGAGAAGGUAUCGGCUUUGAGAACCCUGGGCGCCAAGAUUAUUCGUACACCCACGGAGGCGGCCUACGAUUCGCCGGAGGGCCUAAUCUACGUGGCCCAGCAACUGCAACGGGAGACACCCAACUCGAUUGUCUUGGAUCAGUACCGGAAUGCGGGCAAUCCCUUGGCCCAUUACGAUGGAACUGCUGCCGAGAUCCUAUUGCAAUUGGAUAACCAGGUGGAUAUGGUUGUUGUAUCGGCGGGAACGGCAGGCACCAUCUCCGGUAUCGGCAGGAAGAUCAAGGAGCAGGCUCCCAACUGUCAGAUUGUCGGCGUUGAUCCCUUUGGUUCCGUUCUGGCCCGUCCCGAGGAGCUCAACAAGAGCGAUGUACAAUUCUACGAGGUGGAGGGCAUCGGCUACGACUUUCCACCAACUGUCUUCGAUGACAAAGUCGUGGAUGUUUGGUCCAAGAUCGGUGAUUCCAACUGUUUCCCGAUGAGUCGCCGGUUGAACGCCGAGGAGGGUCUGCUCUGCGGUGGAUCCAGUGGUGGCGCCAUGCACGCCGCCCUCGAGCAUGCCCGGAAACUGAAGAAGGGUCAACGGUGUGUGGUGAUCCUGCCGGAUGGCAUUCGCAAUUACAUGACCAAGUUCGUGUCCGACAACUGGAUGGAGGCGCGUGGCUUCAAGGAGCCGGUGAACGAACACGGCCACUGGUGGUGGAGCCUGCCCAUCGCCCAACUGGAGCUGCCUGCCCCCGAGGCGGUGCUGAAGUCUGGAGCCACAGUGGGCGAGGCCAUUGGCCUGAUGAAGGUACUUCGUGUGGAUCAGCUCGCACUGGUGGACGAAGAAGAUGGUUCCGUUUUGGGAGUGGUCGGCCAGGAGACACUCAUCACCCAGAUCGUGACCAUGAACCGAAAGCAGAGCGAUCCCGCCAUCAAGGCCCUCAACAAGCGAGUGAUCCGUCUGCCGGAAACCGAAAUUCUGGGCAAGCUGGCUCGCGUCCUGGAGGUGGAUCCCAGUGUCCUCAUUAUUGGCAAGACGGCGUCGGGCAAGGAGGAACUCAAGGCUCUGGCCACCAAGCUGGACGUGACCAGUUUCAUAGCCAAUGGCAAUCCCAGUGAAAAGGCCAAUGGCACCACCAAUGGCAACACUCACUAGAUGACUGGAAAUUCCAGGAUAUAUCCAGGAUAUAGCACUCUCCUCCUCGUCUGAUUUUUGUCCAACCUACCGACUUAACUUUUACGUAUACAACAUGCAUGCAUUUUAUGAAUGUCUAAUAAAAAAUAAUACUUAUAUACAUAAA